ACAAAGUUAACAAACACAAUCCAUCCAUCCAUCCAUCCAAUUUCUUCACGAAACUUCAUCGUAAAAUCCCCAAAAUCACAAACACACACAAACGUAAAAAUGUCAAAUCAAAUCGCCGCCGGCGAAACAAUCAUCCCGGAGCUCCAGUUUUCCGAUUUCCCGGAAGACGUGCAGCUAUCAAUCUUAUCAUUUUUAACCCCAUCUGAAAUCUCAUCAUUUUCAUGCACAUCAAAGCGGUUUUUAUCUCUUUGCAGAACAGAUUCAAAAUUAUGGUUUUCAAUGUGUGAAAGAAGAUGGGGAUCCAAGACCCAGAUCAAGAAAUGGGGCUCGGGUAAAAUUACUUACAAAUUUCUUUACAAAACAUUAUUAGAAUAUGAAAAUUUAAUUGGGUUUUGGAGAUUAAGUAAAAAAACAGAAACCCAUGAUGAAAAUGUGAAAAAGACACCAACUUUGGUGGUUUUUGAAUGGGGGUGUUGUUAUAUUGUAGGUUUUCGUGUUUCGCCUUCGAGUAAUGGGGGUUAUGGGGUUGUAAAGUCUCCUUUUUUAUUGAUGGGUAUUUCACCAAAAGGUGAAAUUGUUAAUUUUCUUGAACCUAAUGUUGGUUUCCGAGAUGAUUUGUUAAAGUCGGUUGUUGAAAAAGGGUUGGUUUGUGGGAACGGUGAUAACGAAUUGUUGUCGGUUGAUGUGAAUCGAAUUGGGGAGUUUCAUAUUGUGAUUGAGGAAAAAGUUGGUUUUGGGUUUUGUGGGAAUGGAGAGAGUGUUGUUGGGUUUGAGAGUGGUUCGUCGCCUCCUGAUCAGGAGACGUCAGAGAUUUAUCAGUAUUUUGCGAAUAGGACUAGUCCGGUGGGGAGGCAGAGGAGGAGGGAGAAAGAGAGGCAGUGGAGUAGGAAAUGGAAUGCCGAGCAUUUCAUUAAGAUUGUGAAUUAUUUUCCGACGGAUUUAAGGCCUUUGCAGGGUCUUUGGAAGGGAAUUUGUGAAGAUGAGAAUUUGGACUUUUAUCUUGUGGUAUAUGAUGACAUUGGUGGUAUAGCGUGUAGAAAAAUUGGGGACUCUUGCAAACCGUUUUCCAGCUACACACCUGUGUUUUGGACCUCAAACACUACGUUUUUUGAAUCUCCGUUUUCUUCCGAAGAAGAAGAUAUAUAUGAUACUCGUGAGCAUCUUUUGCCACCUGGACAUCUACAUUGCUCUGAGAUGGAAGCUGUGUCACGCAUUCUUUACAUCAAUUCGAGCUAUGAUCUAGUGAUACCUGGAUUGGCAGGGCCAACUGCUGUAAAUCCACAUCAGGUGGAAGGAAGGAUUUGGCAGUAUGGUGACGGAACAUUUGGAUUUGGAUUUCUUCGUGACAACCAUAUUAUAGAUUUAAAGCAUAUUGCAGUGGAUGGAUGUCUGUUAGAUGCAAUGAAGCCUUUGUAACAUUCGAUCAUUCUUCCGUAGGAGUAGUGAUUAAUGGGUCUGACUUAGAUCUGUAUUAGAUUGUUUGUAAAAAUAAGUUGAUUCCUUGACUGUAUGUACAAUUUCAGAAUUCAUGCAAACAUUGUUUGUUUCGUUCAUAUUCAUUGUAUGGUUUGACAUAAAAGAAGUGAUAUCUUAAUGUGUUAUCUAA